AUGUGUAUCGAUCAUUGCAGCCAGUGGACGAAUAAUCACGAUUUGAAGAUGAAGAAUGGGGACUUGUUUGAUCUUGGACAGAAAUUUGAAGAUGGUGAGAAGAUCUGCGAAUUGUGCCAGGCAAAAUUUCACUUCGUUACCAGACUGGUUGCGCAUCUCAGAAUAGCGCAUGGCAUCCAUCGUCCUUUCAAGUGUGUUACCUGUGGGAAGAAUUAUCCCCAGCAAUUCAUGCUUAACGCUCACGUGAAGAAAUCGCAUACGCCGAAGACUGUGCCGUGCACCCAGUGUAACUUUAUGGGUGUUAGUGUGACAGAUGUGGAAAAACACAAACGGCGACGUCACCGAGCCUCAGAAUUCACGUGUGAGAUUUGCAGUCAAGAUUUUGUCGACAAGGAUGCUCUAAUCGCACACGCGUCGACGCACGAUUUUCUGCAGCGUUGCAACACUUGCGAUAGCAUCUUCAAUGACAUGUACAGUUUGAAGGAACACAAUCGUCUCUAUCAUUAUGAUCCUGCAUCGGACGAGAAGUUUGAGGAAUCUAGCGAGAACGAGUCCGAGCACAAAUGCGACGUUUGCGGCAAGAUUUAUAAGUAUAGGUCGAUGCUGAAGCAACACAAGGUCAGGACUCAUGGUGUCCCAUCGAACUGCGAGAGGCGCAAGUACCUUUGCGCACUGUGCGGCAAGGAGCUGAAGACCGCGAAGGGCCUCGAAAUUCACAAUAGAUCGCACACCGGUGAAAAACCGUAUACCUGUGAAGUGUGCGGCAAAUGUUUUGCCUGUGACACCAUGUUGAGAACCCACAAUGUCACACAUACUGGAGAACGGAAGUAUUCGUGUGACCAGUGCGGCAAAGCUUUCACGCAGAGAUCUACUCUAGUUGUUCACAAGCGAUAUCACACGGGCGAACGACCAUACAUUUGUCCUCGGUGCAAUAAGGGUUUCAUCACACGAACUGUCCUUAAUACUCAUAUGAAGUCUUGUCGUUGA